CAAAGUGACAGAAACGUAAAAGCGCAUCAAGUGAACGUACUUACCGUUGUGUCAUUUUGAUGAGAAACAAAUUUACGGUCUACAGCAAAUAGCACCUAGUGUUUUGUUAAUAAAAUAAUCGAAACUUCAAGCCAGUAUGUUUUUGACGCGUUCUGAAUACGAUCGAGGUGUCAAUACCUUUUCGCCGGAAGGAAGACUGUUCCAGGUUGAAUAUGCCAUCGAAGCAAUCAAAUUGGGCUCGACUGCUAUCGGAAUUCGUACUCCGGAAGGUGUAGUCAUGGCCGUCGAGAAACGUAUCACGUCGCCACUGAUGGAACCGGCAACAGUCGAGAAAAUCGUUGAAGUAGAUAAACAUAUCGGAUGUGCAACAUCUGGUUUAAUGGCUGAUGCUCGUACUUUAAUUGAUCGAGCCCGCGUUGAAUGCCAAAGUCAUUGGUUUGUCUACAACGAAAAGAUGACCGUCGAAUCAUGUGCUCAAGCUGUUUCCAGUUUAGCUAUCCAAUUCGGCGACAGUGCCGAUGGUGGAUCAGCAAUGAGUCGUCCAUUCGGUGUUGCUAUUUUAUUUGCUGGAAUCGAUUCCGGUGAUCCUCAAUUGUGGCAUAUGGACCCGUCUGGUACGUACAUUCAAUAUGAUGCCAAGGCUAUCGGAUCUGGCAGCGAAGGUGCCCAACAGAAUUUGCAAGAAAGCUUCACGCCGAACAUGACCAUACAAGAAGCGGUUAAUUUAUCGUUGCGAACACUGAAGGAAGUCAUGGAGGAAAAGCUAAACUCUACGAAUGUCGAGGUUAUGAUAAUGACACCCGAGCGGCUGUUCCAAAUGUAUACAAAAGAAGAGGUGCAGAAAAUUAUCGAAGACUUACAGUGAACGAGAAAAUAUUUUUCUAUUGUGAGAUUGAGCGGAAGCGAAGGUCAUUUCUCAUUAUUAAACUUGUGGUAAAAAUUUG